GCCGUCCUUUUCCAAGACUGGGAGCAAUGUUCUGAAGUUAAAACUGGGAAGUCAGAGUGGAGGAUGUGAAUUAUCGUGUUUGGAUUACAAUAAAAUCCUGUAUGAAAGAUGAAGACACCCACUUCGUGAGACGCCGGACAGCCGUGAUAUGAAUUCUUCCGAAAAGGAAGAAAAAAGCCCCUUGGGAAUUACUGGAUCCGUAAACGCUUAAGAGGCAUCUCUCUGUUUUUUUUUCCCCCGAAGGGGUGGGGGGGGACUACGAAAUUCCUCUUUUUGCGUGCGGGUGUGUGUGAGAGAGCCCCAGUGAUUGUGCGACCAGGACCGUACGAGCACGAAUGUAACCAGCGCGUUGCAGAAGUGUUACCCUGCGCCCUGGGCUCGUUCAGAACAGCGGAUGGAAUGAUUUUCCAUUGGAAACAGUAACAGCAGAGCGAGAGGGCGGAUUGACUAUAGUCUUUCUUGUGGAUUUGUUUUGGGAAAAAAAAUAUUUAUUCAAAUAACCCUUAGUGCCAUUGUCAUCCUGCUCCUUCUAAUCCCGACAAGCGAUAUAUUUGCAACUGUGUUCUGAACAAUACAGACAUGACGUCUCCUGCUAAAUUUCGGAAGGAAAAGGAGAUCAUAGCGGAGUAUGAAACUCAAGUCAAAGAGAUCCGGACCCAGCUGGCCGAGCAGUUGAAGUGUCUGGACCAGCAGUGCGAGCUCCGGGUGCAGCUGCUGCAGGACCUCCAGGACUUCUUCCGCAAGAAGGCCGAGAUCGAGAUGGACUACUCCCGCAACCUGGAGAAGCUGGCGGAGCGUUUCCUGGCCAAGACGCGGAGCACCAAGGACCACCAGUUCAAGGGCAGCGGGCUGGACCCCUGUCAGGGGGACGCGCGGAGACGAGCUGGGACUGAGGAGGACAGGGGAGGCUUGCACCAGGAGAAGAAGGCUUCUCCUCCGGCUAGCCUGCUCGCGCUCGGCCGUUCGAACCCUAGCAAGGAGGUGGGCCUGCAGCUACAGGAGGAUUUGAUGAAGGUCCUUAACGAGCUCUACACGGUGAUGAAGACCUACCACAUGUACAACAUGGACAGCAUCAAUGCCGAGUCCAAGCUGAAGGAGGCGGAGAAGCAGGAGGAGAAGCAGAUGGGGCGCUCCGUCAAGCAGGAGGACAAGCAGACGCCGCGCUCCCCUGACUCCCUGGCCAGCGUCAAGAUCGAGGAGAAGCACGUGCGCCGCAGCUCCGUCAAGAAGAUCGAGAAGAUGAAGGAGAAGCGCCAAGCCAAAUACACUGAAAACAAGCUGAAAGCAAUCAAAGCCAGAAACGAGUACCUUCUGGCGCUGGAGGCCACCAACUGCUGCGUGUUCAAAUACUACAUCCACGAUCUGUCCGACCUCAUUGACUGCUGUGACCUGGGAUACCACGCCAGCCUGAACCGGGCCCUGCGCACCUACCUCUCGGCCGAGUUCAACGUGGAGUCUUCCAAGCACAUGGGCCUGGAGACCAUCGAGAACGCCGCCGAGAACCUGGACGCCAACAUGGACAAGCAGCGGCUCAUGGAGAUGUACAACAACGUCUUCUGCCCCCCCGUGCGCUUCGACUUCCAGUCGCACAUGGGCGACAUGGUGGGGCACAUGUGCGCCCAGCAGCCCCUGCAGGGAGAGCUGCUCCAGAGGUGCCAACAGCUGCAGUCACGCCUCUCCACGCUCAGGAUAGAGAACGAGGAGGUAAAAAAGACCAUGGAAGCCACCCUCCAGACAAUCCAGGACAUGGUGACCAUCGAGGACUACGACGUGACCGACUGCUUCCAGUACAGCAACUCCAUGGAGUCGGUGAAGUCCACCGUGUCCGAGACCUUCAUGAGCAAGCCCAGCCUGGCCAAGAGGAGGGCCAACCAGCAGGAGACAGAGCAGUUCUACUUCACGAAGCUGAAGGAGUUUCUGGAGGGCAGGAACCUGAUCACUAAACUGCAAGCCAAGCACGACCUGAUCCAGAAGACACUGGGAGAGAGCCAGAAGACCGACUGCUGCCUGGCCAGCGGAAGGAGAAACUCGACAGUGAGGAAGCAGGACUCCAGCCAGGUCAUCCCCCUCAUGGUGGAGAGCUGCAUUCGGUUCAUCAGUCAGCACGGUCUGCAGCAUGAAGGCAUCUUCAGAGUCUCGGGGUCACAGGUGGAAGUCAACGACAUUAAGAACGCCUUCGAAAGAGGAGAGGAUCCGCUGGCCGGAGACCAGAAUGACCAUGACCUGGACUCCAUUGCCGGCGUGCUGAAGCUCUACUUCAGAGGCCUGGAGAACACCCUCUUCCCGAAGGAAGUCUUCCACGACCUCAUUUCCUGUGUUUCUCUGGAAAACCCCCAGGACAGAGCUGUGCACAUCCGCAAAGUCCUGCUGUCCCUUCCCACCUCCACACUGGUCGUCAUGAGAUACCUGUUCGCCUUCCUCAACCACCUGUCUCAGUACAGCGAGGACAACAUGAUGGACCCCUACAACCUGGCCAUCUGCUUCGGCCCCACGCUGAUGUCGGUGCCCGAUGGGCAUGACCAGGUCUCCUGCCAGGCGCACGUCAACGAGCUGAUCAAGACCAUCAUCAGCCACCACGAGGGCAUCUUCCCUGGACCCCGCGAGUUGGAGGGGCCUCUGUAUGACCGAGGGGGCGCCGCCGAGGAGUACUGUGACAGCCCCCACAGUGAGCCGCCCACGGCAGACGAUUCCGUGCCGGACACGGUCUCCGAGAAGCACAACAGCGAAGAUGAGUCAGAGCCCAUCGAGGCCAUUGCCAAGUUCGACUACUCGGGGCGCACAGCCCGGGAGCUGUCCUUCAAGAAGGGGGCGUCUCUGCUGCUGUACCAGCGCGCCUCCAAUGACUGGUGGGAGGGGCGGCACAAUGGCGUGGACGGGCUGGUCCCUCACCAGUACAUCGUGGUCCAGGACAUGGAGGACGGGUUCACCGAGCGGUCGAGCCCCAAGGCCGAGCUGGAGGUGGCGUCGGAGGUGCCGCCGCCGCCGGAGGAGAAGGUGUCCACCAGGGGCAGUGUGAGCUCGCCCACAGGAGGCCACGUGGCGGAUAUCUACCUGGCCAACCUCAACAAGUUGAGGCAGCGGCCAGAGGCAGGGGGCAUCCGGAGGUCUUUUCGGACGACUGAGGGGCUGGCCGAGGGAUCCCCAGGGGCCACAGCCGGAAUCCGGGCCACCUCCAUGCCCGCUGGCAGCUUGCCCAAAGAGGGGCCGGACAAGAGGCCCGUGAGCGCGCACAGUGUGCUCAACUCCAUCACCCGCCACUCCUCCCUGAAGAGCAAGGUGGAGAGCCCGCAGUUCCGCAAGGCCGCCACCGCAGGGCGCUCUAAGAGCUUCAGCAACCACCGGCCCCUGGACCCCGAAGUCAUUGCGCAGGACAUCGAGGCGACGAUGAACACGGCGCUGAACGAGCUGCGGGAGCUGGAGAGACAGAGCAGCGUGAAGCACGCCCCCGACGUGGUGCUGGACACCCUGGAGCAGCUCAAGAGCUCGCCGGCGCCCGCGCUGGGGCCCACCUCCGAGCCCUCCAGCCCGCUGCACUCGCGGCUCCUCAAGGACUCGGACUCGUCCUCGCACCCCCUGCAGCGCAGCUCCAGCUCCGCCAGCGACGUGCCCGGCGGCUUCCGGCCCGCCAAGGCCCCCGCCAAGGGCCCCGCUCUCACCCGGGAGGGGCGCCCCCCGGCCACCCGCCCCAAACCCGUCGUCUUCCCCAAGGCCGGCACUGCCAGCCCUGCUGUGGGCUCCCCCACCUCCACCAGGCCCCCCACGCCCCCUCCCCCGCUCGCCCCCACUGACAAGUCCUGUCCCGUCUGAGGCACCCCCCCCCCUCCUGUGAGAGCGCCCCCUGCUGGCGGCGGCGGGCAGCGGGCGGCGGGCCGAGCAGAGCCUCACAGCAAGAGAAAGGCCUGCCUCCCCCUCGCUCCUGGGGACGAGGCAGAAUAUCAUUUCAUCAAGACAUCACUCUCCGCAGCUGCAUGGGGAGCUGAAUGUAGAACUUGUUUUCUGGAAGACAUCUGUGCACGCGUACAUCGGGAGCAGCAGCCUGAGUCUGAGAAAAGCUUGCUGGUUGCUCCCUUUUUGGUCUUAAAUCUGUUACACAUAUAUGUAGGACCUCCUGUUUGGAAUAGGAUUCAUCCCGAUCUUUUGUCCCUUGCCGGCCCUCUGGAGAGAGAGGGUCGGGAACUCUCGAGGGGCCCCUGUGGUUUCUCUGACCCCUGUCCCGUACGGGCGUGUCACUGGCCGCUCCUGUUACUGAUCCCCAGCUGUGAACGUGGGCCGGGAGAGGAGACGAUCUGUAACUCCGCUGCUCGAGUAGGAAGAGACUUGGAUUCCUCAGCGCGGAACAAAACACUCGAGUUUGAUUCACUCUUUGUACAGGGAAAACGAGAAACCAGCAAAGGUGUUCUCUUCCUUUUUCAAACGGAAGAUUUUUAGGGUGGUAGAGAAAGUUGUUUUUUUUUUUCCCGAUGAUCUUUCUUGGAAAAUUAAAUUGGACACUGUUAAAAGAAGAAGGUUCUGCCUGUUUGUCGAUAGGUCUGUCAAGACUGCUUUUUUUCCCUCCACAUCUCAUUCCUCCGGAAUUAGUUCAGCAGAGUAGGUGUCAGGAAACAGAUGCUGACAACGAUUGCAUCCCCUCCAAUGCGUAAGAUAAUCUCCACACUCUUGCCAGGAAAGCAGUGAAGUAACGUGCACACAGCUUCUGCGCAGAUAGGUAGACAGUGGUGAGAUAAUGUCAAUAUUUAAGUCAUAACAGACUUCGGGACUCAAUGGCUUUGACAAGCCUGGCAGCGAGUUCAGUGCUUAACUCCCUCCAUCCUUGUUGGAAAAACUCAUGCAAGGCAGUGCGCCGAGUCAGGUGUAGAUGUUGGAAGCUUCUUUGAAGUUUUAGUUCUGUUUUCUGCGCGUUUGCUGGGAGCCUUCAUGCUGACCCUGGCCACAAUGCGAAACGGUUCAUGCUCUGAUGGACCCGCGGCUAGUUUGAGAGUCACCGCUGUUUGAAAGCAUGGUGAGGUUAAAAAGCUCAGCCAUUAGAUCUUCCAUGAUAUCAGUAGGUCCUCCUUACAGAUUUUUAUGCCUGGCUGGUUGACUGUAAAGACAAUAGUCCUUUUUUCUGUACUAUCUACAGACAGGUAUGAUAACUGGAAUACUGGAGAUAAUGCAUUUUAAUGUUUGUUAAGGGAGUUUUCCAUAUUAAAAGUGCAUUGGAUUAGGUCAAAGCACAAUUAUAUUUUUUAUAUUCUUUAUUAUAAGUAUUAUAAGAUUAAAUGAAUUUGUCUUUUGUUUUGCUUUUAUGUGUUUAGGUUUUAUAGUUUUUUUUUUCAUUUUUGUGCUUUUUUUAAGAACAAAAUACAACAAAUGAAGGCUUGUCUUAACAUCCUGUAUAUUGUAACUUCAUCUGAAAUGUGAUUCCUCUUGAAAUAGUGGGAAGGGAGGUUAAGAGGGUUUGACCUUUCACCCAUGACCCUUCUCAGAUGGGCCUAUCACAGAGCGCGGGGAGGACAGUCUGAGAGAGAAAUGGCUCCAGCAGCAAUAAAUCUAGCGCCGUAUAUCCUUGUUGAUUUCAGUGAGUUCUGUGUAUAUUAUGAAAAUUGUUUUUUCAUAAAUAUCAACCUGUUUUAUUCCACUAACAUUAAGUUGCAAGUUACCUCUUAUUAGUAAAAUAAACUGCUAGAGUAUGUUUUGAAGUAUACACAGUAAAAUGGCAGAGGGGCCUUCUUCAGAUGAGUCACUCGGCCAAAGUGCUGUGGUCUUUUGGAGUCCUGUUCCUGGCAUGGAAUUAGCCUCUGUUUGCUCCUGUGCAGUUCUCGCACUCUUGCAGCUCCCUGCUCUUAGCUCAUAGAAAGACACGUGUAUGUGUUUGACUUGGUAUUUAGUAAGAAGACGUCUUGUACUAUGAACAGGGGAGGAUCAAUGUGCGGGUAUAGACUUCUAACUCCAGCAAUCGCUGCAGUUCAGAUCCCAAGACCAAGCUGCUCAGUUUCAGUAGUAAACUAACGCUGAAUCCUCCGAGUCUUAUUGGGGACAAAUGGAAGAGCAAUACCUGCCUGUGUCUUGCCUUUUUACUGUGCGUUUACUUUUAAAGCACUGUGUUAGUCAGUGGUCACUGAGCCCACAGAUCCCCCGCAGGCCUGCAGAGCCUGUGCCCUGGGUUCAAGCCAAGCGAAAGAGUUUUGUCCCGAGUGUUUACAGCUGUUUUUUGAUAUCCUUUAUUCCGGAAGCUUUGACAAAAGAGACUGGAUCAUUCACGGCUCUGUGGAUUUCUUUUAAAAGAUUUUUCAGUUUUAGAUAAAUGCGGUGUGCAUAAGUCCUGCGCUCAAUGUCUUCGGGCCCUGAAGCCCACUCAUUGCCGCGCCACUGGGCACUGGGUAGAGGGGCUCACAUGGAGCCUCUAUGGAUGCAGGUUUUGAGAAGUGCUCUGACCCAGGGAGAAGCCAGAGCUCCGAUGGCACAAGAGAGCUGUGUCUCUGCAGGCCUGUAGGCUGUCGCUUGCUUGAACACCUGGCAGCGUCGGCAAGCGCUGUCCACCCCAGGAAGAAAAGCUCGGUGACCCUGGAGAGCCACAGAGAGAGCGCGCCUGUGCACUUCAGCAGCAGGGGGUAAUUGGGGUGGAGGAAAGGGCGUUGUCAUCUCUGUCUCAGUCUCAGCAAUACCCAUCUGCAGACUGUGGUGGGCGGGGGUUGGUUGAGGUGUUCGGCUCAGCCAUGGGGUUCUGUAUAUUGUUUUAGGGAGUUUGACUUUUUGUGUUUUCGUGUAUUUGGUGGGGGAGAGGGGGGAAGGCGCUUCAUCUUCUCAUGGGAUUCCCAUGUUGCCUCGCUCUGCACUCCAGCCAGGCUACUCUCACCCCUGGGCACUGCUCAGUGCAGGAGGCAGGUGUGUAGCCAGUUAGGGGUUGUGCUGGGGCCUGCGAUCAUUAUAGGAAGAAUCAGGUGACUCAUUAACUGUAAUGGAGGUGCCAGCGUAUCAGGGGGAUUUGCAAUAAUCAGACGAACAGGGUAAUGAACAGCCGUGCUGCAGGGGGGCUGCUGCAGGCUUCUCCAUCUUCCACAGCAGCUGCAGGGCGCCUACCAAAGUCUGCCGGACCAGGGCCGGCGUGCAGGUCUGCGUCCCAGCCGGAGAAGGACAGUGUGGCCACGGACCCCUCGCCCAUCUCCUUGCUCUGCUGUCACCUGAAGACAAACUGUAGCGGACUGAAGGACAUCGCUUGUCCAAAGACCUCUGUAGCGUUAAGGAUCCACUGAAUAAAUAAAUGCAUCGGAAACUGUUUUUUUUUGGUCAAAAACUGGAGCUUAUUUUUGUAUUGUUGUUUUUGUUACUGUGUAUCUCAGACAUUCCUGUCUCAAUCUCCAUGUACCUUCUAUUGCUAUUUGAAUAUCCUCCUUGUGAUCACUGCAUUGUGAAUAGACCUUAUCUGAUUGCAUUACAUGUGGGUAGGUUGACUACUACGUGACGUGUCUCCUACCUCUUCUGUGAAACUGGAUUUCAGUGUUUUGGAUGUGUAGAACAGAAAAUGGCAUUAGCUCGCGUUAUACAGUAUGAGCUUAAAAAACUGUGCUUUUUUUAAUCCUUACUUUUUUCGUAAUUUCCGUGCCGUAGCUCAAACCUUGGAGAGGUUCUAUUCCGGAUUCUUAUGGUCAGACAUCAAGAUGCACUUGAAAUUGCCUUUGUGUGCUUGUGAGCUGGUUGAGUGAGGAUUUUUUUAAUUAUAUUACUGUAAUUAUUAAAUUGGUAUUUCUCGUCAACUUUAAAAAAUAAAACCAACAAAAAAGACUGUAAUGUCAAAUAUAUUUAUAGUGGUCCAUUGAAAUGUCUAUAUAUUACCUGACUAAACCUGUGUUUGAAUGUACUUUGUAUAUACAAAGUUGUACAUUGCAGAGGUACGUUAUUCUUUUUGGUACAAUAUUGUACAGUAAUAGCAAUAGUAGUUUACUCUGAAAUAGACCUCAUACGAGUACAUGUGUAGUUCUUGUAGUAAACCUUUUUUUAAAUAAAACUUGCUUGCUAUAGAUA